AUGAAUCAUGAGGAGCACCCGCACCGUCAAGUCGCGGGCAUAAGACGAUACCGCUCCAAGUCGCAAAGACCAUGUGAUUUGUGUCGCGCCCGCAAAGUGCUCUGCAACAUCCCUGAUCCGACGCGUCCAUGCCAGCUCUGUGAUCGCACGGGUCGCGAUUGCACGUUUGUGGGGAACCCGAAUAAGAAGCCCAGGGAUAGUAGGACGAGACGGCUGGAUUCUGACGGGGGUGGAGGGACGCCGAUUGUUGUGCCGCAACAGGCGCUGAGGCGGGAUGUUGGUGUUUAUGAGGCGUUGCGCAUGCCGGAUGAUGUCCAAUCUUCAGGUGUUGAAACAGGCCUCGAUUUAACUCCUCUGGAUGGCACAGUAUCUCAAUCCAUCUUCUCGCCCGGAGGCGGUAUCAACUGGGACAUCUCAUUCGACCAACACGGCAUAGACGGCAGCGAUCAGCCAUUUGACUUCUUCGCCAACGGUGAACUCCCCAAUCUCGAACCCCUAGACGAUCCAACACCCUCAGACGACUACGGCGAAAUUCCCAUCGCCACUCCUAGCAAAACAGCAGAUCAUCCCGCCGCCCUGUUCGAGCGCCUUUCAUUUGAUCAACGGCCAGACCACUCAACGUCACUAAUUGGCUUUUCUAACGAAUCUGAUCCUUUUUCUCUGAAUCAUUUCCCGUAUUCUAGUAGUGAUGAAGUCGACUUUUAUCGCGUGGCGUAUCGACGGCAGCAACACGCGUUUCCGGCGAAUGCUCCGAUUCACUUUUUGCAGAGCCAAACGGGGACUGCGAUUGAGAGUCAGAAGAUUGUUGAUAAGUGUAUGUCGUCGCUGGGCGAUAGGGAACAUCUUGAGAAAUUGGUUGAUCGAGAAACGGGCGUGGCGUUGGUGAAGUUGUACUUCAGAUUUGUUUUCGAAGACUUGCCAAUUCUUUCUCGCUCUAUCGUCUUUGAAGACCUGAAUAAGUUUGUCGCAGAGGCUUCUACUGGGUUACUUGCGGGUAUAUACGCCCUCGCACUGCCCUUCACGCCCUGGGAUGAGAAGCUCUGUCUCGAUAGUGCAUAUUUCAAGCCAGACGUCAAUGAUCUCUGGCAAGUCUCCUACACCUGUCUUCAGAAGGAACUGCACUUCCCUCGUCUCUCAACCAUUCAGAUAUUCCUGCUCCUUCUCAAUCACACUCCCUUUGAUGUCGUCGUUGUGGAGAACCCAUUUGUAUGGUCCUUGGCAGCUUCCAUGCUGGCUAUGGCUCAGUCACUUGGCUUGAAUGUCAAUCCGACUGGAUGGAAGUUACCAGCGUGGGAAGUUCGCCUUCGGAGACGGUUAUGGUGGGCUGUUUAUGUUGAGUAUACUUGGCGUGCAGUAACUCAUGGACGAUCUUGCAUGAUAUCAGAUGAUGAUUGGGAUGUCUCACCACUUACACCUGCCGACUUUUCUCUUGAUCCUACCUCCGUGAUACCGGAAAACAUUCGUCAUCAGUCGCUUGAUUAUUUCAUUCGUUUGUGCUCGUUGACCGAGAUCACUAGCGGAAUUUGUCGACAAUUCUUCUCCCUCCGUGCCGUAUCACGGCCUCAGAUUCUUGACUCUUUACUUGAACAAGCUCGUGGUCCACGCCAGCAGCUACUGAAAUGGCUGGAGGACCUCCCAGAAUCUCUGGCUCUAAGACCGGAGCCGAGCGACAGCGACGCAGAUGACUCAGUCAAGAGUCACAGAUCCCUCUAUGUAGCAUAUUACACCACGCACAUCCUCGUCCUACGAGCACUGCUACGUCCCAUCAUUGACAGCAACACACAGCUCAGCCACGUACAAUCCUCCGUGGAGACAGUCCUCCAAGCCUGUCGCGGUCUCAUCCAAACAGUCAUCAAGUUCAUUCGCGGCCUAGAUGCCCGACAUCAAUCAGCAUUCUGGCCCGCAUACACACGGAACUGUCUCGCAUAUCCCGGGCUAUUCUGCUACAUGCUCUGUCUUCAGAAGCGACAGCCUGAUAUGACGGCCUAUGACCAGAACCUUCUCGCAACGUGGAGAAAGACUCUCCGCACGCGAAUGCAGUCGUGGCCUUUUCUCCGAUUUGCAAUUGUUAAGGUUGACGCGAUUUACUGGAAGAAACUAUACCAGGAUAACAAUUGA